UUUUUAUUCCGGUUGCCUACUCCUCCAUGCUCCAAGCCUACUCCAAGUAUAUACCGUUCAACAACACUAACAACAGCGAUUCCGUAUUACGCGACUCCCCACUCGGCGUGGUCACAAAUUCCCGGCGUCCUUUUUUUACGUGUGGUAUCUGGACAGACUGGAUAAUACCGUUCGGCUCGAAGAGUCACUGCCGCGCCAGAAUUAGCGUCGUGUUAACGCGUUCUCUAACGAAUGAUCGUCGUUCAGUAUUUCUGUCAAUGUAACAUCUGUAUUGUUUAAUAAAUGUUUUACUUUUGACGAAAAAACACAAUAAACGAAAUCACGUCAGGAUGAUACAAGUUCGAUACACUCGUAAUCUAUUUUUACGAGGAAUUUGCAUCAUAUAUCUUUUCGCUUUCCUCAGCUUCUACAUACAGAUUCCCGGACUUUACAGUGACAAUGGAAUUUUGCCAGCUAGAACACAAAUUGAUCUUGAAUCAAAAAUACCGCUGAGUCAAAAAUUCAGUCAAAAACCGACUCUCAUCUGGUUUGCUCCGUUACUUGGACUCAACGUCGAUUAUAUGUUGGAUGUCAUCGCUCUACUAGGAUGUGUUCUAGCUUUUAUGGGUUUCAUCUCGCAAAAGUUUUGCAUUGCUCCGAUUUUCUUCGCACUUUGGUCCUUGUACUUUUCGCUGUAUCAAGUUGGCCAAGUCUUCACGAGAUUCCAAUGGGAUAAUUUGUUACUGGAGGCUGGAUUUCUGUGUGUUAUCAUGGCACCAUUUUGGUACCCUUCUAAGGGAAAGCCAAGUACACCGAGCGAUGCCGUGACGUUUUGGCCGGCUCGUUGGCUGCUAUUUCGUUUGCUGUUUUCCAGCGGCGUUGUUAAGUUGACAUCUGGUUGCCCGUCUUGGUGGAAUCUUGAGGCUUUGACCGUGCACUUCGAGUCUCAAUGUAUUCCGACCCCGUUGGCUUGGUACGCGCAUCAUUUGCCAGCUUGGUAUUUACGCUUGAACACAGUAGCAGCAAAUGUAUUCGAAUUGGUUAUUCCGUUUUUGUUCUUUUUCCCGAACCGAAAAGUUCGUAUUACAGCAUUUUAUCUACAGAUAUUUUUGCAAGUUCACAUAAUAGUAACUGGAAAUUGGAACUUCUUCAAUUUCCUGACAAUUUGCUUGUCCAUAUCUUUGCUGGAUGAUCAAUUCUUCUACAAGAGAAAAUCGAAAAACGAGAGUUCUGCGAUCUGGGAUUACCUCUCGAGCGUUGUGUGUCUCGCGGUUUACGCUGCUGUUGUUUAUGGCACGUACGUGAUGUACAAUCUCAAAAUUCGGGAGGACUGGACCAUACAAUCGGAAAUUGGUUUCAGCCAAGAGCAAUUCGACCGAGUUCUCACCCGCAUCAUCCCUGUUUCAAUCUACAUUGGUUUGACAUCUCUUGGCUUCGUCGUUGCCGACUCAAUCACUCACUCCAUUUUGUCUUCGAAAGGAGCGGCUAACAAAAUCUUCAAUACCCUCACGACACUUUUUUACACCGCCAUUGUUUGCUUCGUAUUCGCAGUUAGCGUUGUUCCCUUUUCCACGCUACACGCGUCCCAAAAUACCACGGUGCCCGUGCAAUUAAAAAAUGUGUACGCCAAGCUUGAUAAUCUUGACAUCAUCAACGAAUACGGUUUAUUCCAACGCAUGACCGGAGUCGGCGGGAGGCCAGAAAUAAUCAUCGAAGGGAGCAACAAUAUUGACGGGCCUUGGAAGGAGUACGAAUUCCUUUACAAGCCUGGAAAUGUCAACAAUUCAUUGCCCUUCGUCGCUCCCCAUCAACCUCGUCUCGAUUGGCAAAUGUGGUUCGCAGCUCUUGGAACUUAUCAUCAAAAUCCCUGGAUUAUGUCCCUGACUUAUAGGCUUCUCAGCGGACAGCCCGAAGUUCUCGGCCUAAUUAAUAACGUGGAAAAUCCUUUCCGCAAUAUGCCACCGAAGUACAUCAAAGCCAGUCUCUACAACUAUCACUACGUCCCAUGGAGCAAAACAUGGAACGACCAGACCUGGUGGACGAGAGAAAAAGUGGGAGAAUAUUUCCCUAUAUUUAGUCAGGAUCAUCCACCGCUAUUGGAAUAUUUAGCAAAGAUGAAGAUAGUUCAGAAUAAAUCACAGGUGAAGGUGACGAACGAGGGAUUGAAGAAAGUUUUGGAGAGCGUGAGAUCUCUGUUAGGAAGAGUCGAAGCAAGUUUACUUUUGUGGAGUGUAUUUACAACUGGGUGUGCAAUCAUCAUGACCAGCCAUGACAGUUCGAGUUCCAAGAGGAAAUAAAUUUCUCAGCAAUAUUUCCAAGUCGAGCGUACUCAGGAUGUAUCAUAGUUACAUUUUCUUCAAAUUUUCGUUCCUUUUCAUAAUGUUAUUUAUAACGGAAGGCAAGAGCUUGGAAUUUGCUUGAUGAUAAUGAAGGAUUACGUCAAAUCGAUAUUCGAAGAGUGAAAAAAUAAAAACAAAUACUCUAUAUUUUCUCCCCGUUUAUCAUAGCAAUAAUUGUGCACUUGAAUUAUAGAUCGAUCGAUCGAAUCACUGUGGCUCGAUUUUUUUCUUUAUUCUUUAUUCCAUUAUUAUUGUUACGAAUAAAUAGUAAUAAGAAUAAUGAUGGAUACGAGUAUAGCAAUCAUCAACCAAUGAUAAUGUGUCAUUGUGAAAGGAAAGUCUUGAAAAAAAAAAAAGCAUGAAAAGUCUGGCCUACCAAUGUGGCAAUUGUCUACAGAAAAAAAAACAACAACAAAUUGUAUCAAUUGUGUAAAUUAGUGUUAGCUCCGUUUUGUUUAUCAUAUAUUUUGUAAAAAGCGUAUAUCUUCGUAUAAAACGCAAAUAACAACCAGUGUCUUCGAUCUAUUAUUUGAAAAAUGAAAAAAUGAAUAAGAGUACAUAUGACGGUGAAAA